UUAAUUCGUAAUCCCUGUUAAUUCUAUCGUAAAAGAGGUCGUGAGAGAUUGUACUUAUGUAUGACGAUGUAGUUUGUAUUACUCUGUAAUGAUAAUUCUUAAAAAUAUUAAAUACACUUAAACAAUUAUUCGAAUUUACAACGAUAUGACAAUAUUGGAAAUUGGUUAAUUUAUAAUAUCAGUAUUAAAAUAUUGAAUAGUGUCAUUUUCAAAAAUGUUCAGGCGAAAUAGGUAAUUAUACGAGUUGCAUUUUUAUUGCUUCUAAUACAUUUGAUAAAGGAGAUUAAAUAUUGAACUUUAUAUUUUUGAUUGUUAAAACAUAAAAUGAUUUGCAUUGGUAUUAUUAUAUUAGCCACUAUAAUUUAUAAUGAAUAUUUUGUGUAUGAAAUACAAAAAUUUAAGUGGGCUUUAAGAGACUGUAAAGACUGUGUUAAAGUACUUCUUGUGGCAGAUCCACAAAUAUUAGGAGAGAAAAAUGAGAAUUAUAUGGGUUCGUGGUUAGCGAGAUGGGAUAGCGAUAGGUACUUAGAGAAAACCUUUUCAAGAGCUUUAAGGUACUCUCAACCACAUGUGAUAGUAUUUCUUGGAGAUCUCAUGGAUGAAGGACAUAUUGCUAAUGUAGAAAAAUUUAAUCAAUAUAAAAAGAGGUUGGAUUCUAUAUUUCAAACUCCUGACAAUAUCAUGAAAAUCUAUUUACCUGGUGACAAUGAUAUUGGGGGAGAGGAAGAUAAAGUCUCCACAAAUAUUCAUAACAGAUUUCAUUAUGCAUACAGUCAGCCUGACGUAUUAGUUUAUAAACGUGUUACAUUUUUUAAGAUAAAUAGAUUGACUCAUUUUAUGCCAGAAGCUCCUAAAGAUGCAUUUCUUAAUGAUUAUACAGAAAGAAAUACAACCAAUGUUGUACUGAGUCAUAUGCCAUUGUUAUUUAUGCCAGGAAGUUUUGUACAAAAUAUUAUCAAAGAAUUAUCGCCGCAAAUUAUUUUUACUGCGCAUGAACAUAAAGCAUUACAUAUUAGUUUGGAUACAGCCACGGAUCAAUUAAGCGAAGUUUGGAUUCUCCCACCUCAUGAAACACCUUUGUAUCAGUUAAGAAUGGAUGUAGGUGAUAUCCAUGAAGUUCAAAUACCAACAUGCUCUUAUAGAAUGGGCGCUCAAAAUAUGGGUUAUGGAAUUGCAUAUAUUGAUACUCAAGAAAAAAUUGUAGAAUUUACAAUUCUAUGGUUACCAAAUAGGUUUCUGCAGCUGAAGACUUAUAUUUUUAUUAUAAUAUUAAUGGUUUUGUUACUAUUGUGUUCUUGUAUGUGCAGUUAUUGCUCUAAAACUUAUACAACAUACAAUCGUAUACCCACCAUUUCACAGUACAGUAAAUCGUAAAAGAUGUUGAUGUUAAGAAUCUGAUUAGUACUUAUUUAGUGACAGUAAUCCGUCCAAGUAAUGUGAUUGUUCUAUUAUCCAUUGAAUAUUUUAAACAAAAUUUCAUCGAAAUCAAAAAUAUUAAUAUUUCGCUUUAUUCUAAUAAUCAACGAUGAAAAUUUUAAUUUUAUUUAAUGUAUCUAUCAAGGGUUUCUCAAAGUUCCUUUAUUAUAUAAUAUAAAUAUACAUACGUGCCUGUAUCAGUGUUAUGCACGUUCGUUAUUAUGUACUUGUGUAACACUAGUACAAAGCUUACACAAUGCCAAGAAAAUUAUAUCGAUUAAUAUUUUUCUUAUAUAAACAAUUUAAGAAGUGUUACUGUAUAUAAAAUUAUAUUUAAAUAUUCAAUAAAAAUUCAAUAAUCAUAAAUUGGACACACAUAUAUAUACAUAUAUAUAUAUAAGGAUAUAAAUUUUAAGAAAUUACCUAAGAAAUCUUAGUUGUGAUUUGUUUUAUUUAUAGCAAAGUUAUUAUUUAAACAAUUACAAAUCUGUUUAUUUUUGCGUUUUAAUGAAAUUAUAAUAAUUCUAUGUCUAUGCUAUGUAUACGUAUACGAUUAUUUCUCUCGCUCUUUCUCAUUA